GGAAGAGCCGGGCUCGGAGGUUUAAGCCGGUGGGCUAUGCUCCGACUCCCGCUGUCAAACAAUCGGCAGAGCCCGAGGAUCAGGCGGAGGGGGAGUCCAUGCUCUCUGAGGAUCUUCUACAUAAAUUGCAGAGCCCCUGUCCAGAAGUCAGAGAAUUUGCUUGUGCCAACAUCUCCAAGCUUGUCCAGCAAAAGCAAGUCAUCCCUUCUUUUCUACAGAAAGAUGCCGUUCGAUGUCUUGGACCAUUGCUACUUGAUAAGUGUAUGGCUGUGCGUGAAACAGCAGCUGGUGCUCUACGGAACCUAAGCACAUGCGGAGGAUUUGAAGUGUGUGAUGACAUGGUGACCAGAGAUAUCAUGACCCCGUUGGUGGCUCUUUUAAGAGAGUGUUCCACUGGUUUAGAUUCCAGCUUGGUGCCAUCGAUGAAUGGCAAAGACUUACCAAAGAACUAUGUUGAAGAUAUUGCGAACCAGGCUAUUAAUGUGUUGUGGAAUAUGUGUGAAAGCAACAGUAAGCCUUAUCUGUCUUUAAUAAGGAAAAUUGUGUAGACAUUGUUAUCCAGUGCUUAAGCAAGUUCCCAACAAACAUGGAGCUAGCAAUUUCUGCAGCUUACUGUCUACAGACAGUCACCGAAGACAACUCCGACUUGUUGGCCUCCUUGGAUGCUGCUUCCCUGCAGAUAUUGGAAAAUGUUCUUGGAAACACUGCAAUUACAAUGGAGAUGCAGCUUUUAAAAACUUUGGUUGCAGGUACUGUUUGGAACUUGAAAGAAAGGAUUCCUCCUCAUAGCCAGGCUGACUCUAUAAAUGCUAUAAUGAGGAUACUGUCAGAAAUCCUCUCUCUGGAUGCUGGGAAAUUCAUUGUGAAGAUGAAGGAGGUUGAAACUCUGCGUUUAAAGACAGCCGAGUCAGAGGCAGAAGAAGUGUCAGCAAGUCUUGAAGAAAGUGCCUUAAAUGAAGAUGAUGGUAUUGCAGAUGGUGUGAUUAAAGGCUCCAGUCCUACAGAUUUCUCUGAUUUGAACCCAGUAUCAAAUGAAGAGCUCAAGCAAGCAUCCUGUUUAUUGGUGGCUCAGAAAUCUGCACUGGAAAUGAUUGUUAACUUGUGCUGCAGUGAUGAACCAUCUGAUGAUGAAUGGGAAGAGCUCUCUAGCAGCGAUGAGAGUGAAUUUAGCUUAGAGAAGUCUGUGGCUGAUGGAGGCCAGCUUCUUACUCCACUGUGCUUGUCUGCUGAAGUUCACUCAGCUCUCCUUGAUCUCUUCAUCCCAAAAAAGGUAUUUGAUAAGACUUGGUUCCCUGAUGGUAACGCAUUGCAGAUUUGUACACAGAAUGCAACAUGGAAGCCGUUAAUUACAAAGAUGUACAGUGUGCAGUGCAGGGCACUGACUUGUUUACAUAAUGUUUUGUCAGCAUUGGACAUUGAGAGUCUAGGCGGAGCCUCCGCAUUACAGGAACUUUCUCAGCACCUUUCACAAUUAGUCUUCACACAAUUGGAUAUUCCAAAACAGGAUGAAUUUUUAGAAGCUGCAAGCAGUGCUCUGCGAGCAUUGCUAGAGACUAUGGCCUCCAAAGGAAUACCACAGUGUAUGACCCCAGAGCAAGUUAUAAAAUUUGGCGAGGGUUGUGUCGCUAGCAGUAACAGCAGCACAAGGGUGAAUGCUGUCAGUAUUAUUGGGAUUACAGGAAGUGUGCUGGCCAAGAGUGAAAACACUGCAGAAACACUGAAGUUAAUAGGAAGCUUCCUUCUUGGAGUUGCCAGUCAUGAUUCUUCCCUGGUGGUUUCCGGUGGAGCACUGGAUGCCAUUUUUGAUGUAUUUGCUGAUGGUGAUGAAGCGGAGAAGGCUGCUACGGAGCUAAAGUUACUUCAAGCCGUAAAGAAAAUUCAGCCAGCUUUCAAAUCGAAGUUAAGGAAAGAAGGCAGAGAAAAAUACAGUACAGACCAGUUGUGCGUCCUGGACAAUGUCAGAACAAACCUCAGACGUUUCAUUUCUUACCUGCAAACUGUGGAGAAAAAACCCUCAAAGGCUAAAUGA